AUGGCAUUUGACCUUCCAGAACUGCCCUAUGGCCGCGAUGGCCUGGCCCCCCAUAUUUCAGAAGACACGCUGAACUUCCACCAUGGCAAGCACCACAAUGCCUAUGUUGUGAACCUCAACAAGCUGAUUGACGGCACCGACUUGGCCGGCGCGUCGCUCGAGGCGAUCAUCAAGGCAGCGUCAGGCGAUGCGGCGAAAGCUGGCCUGUUCAACAAUGCUGCGCAGGUAUGGAACCACACCUUCUACUGGCACUCUAUGAAGCCAGGUGGCGGCGGCGCCCCUCACGGCAAGAUUGCCGAACUGAUCGAUCGCGAUUUCGGCUCUUACGACGAAUUCGCCACCCAGUUUAAAGCCGCUGGCGGCACACAAUUCGGGUCCGGCUGGGCUUGGCUCGUGCUGAAAGACGGCAAGUUGGCCAUCACCAAAACGCCAAACGCUGAAACCCCACUCACCGACGGUAGCGUGACACCAUUGCUGACCAUGGACGUCUGGGAGCACGCUUAUUACCUCGAUUAUCAGAACUCGCGCCCGAACUAUAUGGCGAGCUUCCUCGACAAUUUGCUGGACAAUACAUUGACUGAAGAAAACAAGAUUACUUUCGCCGAGCUAAACCUCGACCCACGCAUACAAACUGCGAUUGAUGCUGCGGGCUAUGAACACCCGACACCGAUCCAGGAACAAGCCAUCCCGGUGAUCAAAAAAGGCGGCGAUGUCACAGGCAUCGCGCAAACCGGAACUGGUAAAACAGCCGCCUUUACCUUGCCGAUGAUGCAUCGCCUGACAAAAGGCCGGGCCCGGGCACGGAUGCCACGUAGCCUGAUCCUCUGCCCAACCCGCGAACUCGCGGCGCAGGUGUCGGAAAAUUUCGAGACGUAUGGCAAGGAUCUGAAACUGAACAUGGCGCUGCUGAUUGGCGGCGUGAGCUUUAAAGAACAAGAACAGAAACUGAUGCGCGGCGUCGAUGUCCUGAUUGCGACACCUGGCCGCCUGAUCGACCAGUUUGAACGCGGCAAGAUCUUGCUGACAGGUGUCGAAGUUUUCACCAUUGAUGAAGCCGACCGCAUGCUUGAUAUGGGCUUCAUUCCGGACAUUGAGAAGAUUUGUAAGCUGCUGCCCCCGCGCCGCCAGACACUGCUUUUCUCAGCGACGAUGCCGAAGGAAAUUGCCCGCCUGGCCAAGACUUUCCAAAAAGAUCCGGUCCGCAUCGAAGUUGCCCGCGAAUCCAAGACGGCAGAAACCAUCGCGCAGCACGUUGUGAAACUGCCGCGCGGCGACGACAAAGCCAAGCGCACAGCGUUGCGAAGACUGAUUGAAAGCCGUGAUGUCAAGAAUGGCAUCGUCUUCUGCAACCGCAAACGCGAAGUUGAUGUUGUGGCAAAAUCGCUGUCUUCACACGGCUUCAGCGCGGCGCCCAUUCAUGGGGAUCUGCCGCAAAGUGCGCGUACCGAGACCCUCAACCGAUUCCGUGAUGGCGACUUGCAAUUGCUGGUCGCUUCUGACGUGGCGGCUCGCGGCCUCGACAUUCCGGAUGUCGGUCAUGUGUUCAAUUACUCGCCGCCGCCAAAAGACGAAGACUAUAUCCACCGGAUUGGUCGUACUGGCCGCGCUGGGCGCGAAGGCGAAAGCUUCACACUGGUCGGCCCAGCCGACGCCAAAGGCUGGCGCGGUGUGAUGAUGCUGAUCAAUACAGACGUCGCUGAAUACAUGCCCGACGGCUUGUUGGAAGAGCUUGAGAACGUACCCGAGGAGUCCGAUGGACGCCGCGGACGUGGCCGAAAUGAACGCGGCGGCCGACGCGAGCGCGGAGACCGCGGCGGACGCAGUCGCAAUCGUAACGAACGCUCAGAGCCCAGUGAACGCCAACCAGAUCGGACCGAGCCCGCGGAAGCUGCCGAAGCGGUCGAGCCUGCUGAAACGCAAGAGAGCAGUCCGCCAAAAUCCGAAUCUGAACGCCCGAAAAAAGAGCGCAAGGACCGUCCCAAGCGCGACUUUAAGCGCAAAGAUGAUGACCUGAUCCUCGACCCGGCCCCAGACGAUGUCAAAGGCUUCGGCGAAGAAGUACCGGCGUUUCUUAAAUAG